CACCUGCCUGCUGUUAUUCGGGUAACCGAGGAAGGACGGCGCACUGCGGCUUCUUCUCCGCCGUUUGUCGGGAGGCAGAACCGACCUUGAGGAUUACCUGGAGGUGUGUGUGUGUGUGUGUAUGUGGGAUAAGCAUGUAAGGUGUGUCGGGGGUGUGUGUGAGCCAUGGCGUCCACGUUGUCCCAGCUGCAGUUCGGCCGGCUGCGAGGUGUCCGUGCUGCACUGCUGCGGCGCUACGAGCACCGGCCUCUCGUGUCGUGUCUGUCCGGGCUGUACGGCUGCAGGUGGAGACGCUACGAGCGGAGCUGCACCCAGCAGGGGGGCUGCUGCUGCAACAAGCUGGAAGGUGUCAGCUUCGCUCUGCUGGUGGUGGCGUUCUGCUUAACGCUGGUGUUUCUCUACUUCUGGGGACAAGCGAAGAACGACUACAAUGACUUCGACUGGUUUAACUUUGGGAUCCUGGGCUUCUGGUUCCCUUGGUCUGUGGUGCUGCUGGUCAUCGCUGCAGGAUUCUUCACCUACGUCACUGUGCUCAUGCUGCUGGCUGUGUGUUUGCUGUCAGAGGGCCAGAAGCUUUAUUUGCACUGGAGUCACAAGGUCGGGAUCCUGGUGAGUCUGACGUUCUCCAUCGUGGCCACCGCCGUCUUAUCCGACCUGUGGAGCAAAGAAUGGACCACGUUACUGCUCUCCUUCCAGGUAACUGCACCUUAUCUACAUGUGGGUGGAGUCUUGCUGCUGACGGCGCUCGCCUGGCCGAUAGCUUUGCAUUUCUUCCGCAUGAACAGCAGAGGAAGGCGGGGGCUGAUCGUGGGGGUGUACCUGUGCGUCCUGUCCGCCCUCUACCUGGUGCCCCUCGGUCUGUAUUCUCCUUGUAUCAAAAAGGACGGGACCCUGGGCCCCGCACCCGCCCUCAUCGGCCACAGAGGAGCCCCCAUGCUCGCUCCAGAAAACACACUGAUGUCGUUUGAGAAGGCUGUGGAAGCAGGAAGUAAAGGUCUGGAGACGGACGUCACUAUCAGCAUUGAUGGAGUCCCCUUCCUGAUGCACGACCACACGCUGCGACGGACCACCAACAUCCGCCAGGUUUUCCCCAACCGGACCAACACCCCGGCGGCCAUGUUCACCUGGGCCGAGCUGGAGAGCCUGAACGCCGGCGCCUGGUUCCUCUCUAACAAUCCGUUCGGUACGGCCGGCUCUCUGGGAGCAGAGGACCGACUGCGGGCGGGACAGCAGCCCGUCUGCAGCCUGCAGGCCUUCCUGCAGCUGGCAGCGCUGAGAGACAAACUGGUGAUCUUUGACCUCUACCGUCCACCCAGAGGUCACCCGUACAGGGACACCUGGAUCCAACGCACGCUGGAGGUCAUCCAGAACGAGUCGUCCAUUCACUCCUCGCAGGUGCUGUGGCUGCCCUCAGACCUGCGGGCUCUGGUUCAGGAAAUCGACCCCGCGCUCCAGCAGACGUCCGGCAGUCGACUCCCUCUAGAGGAGCUGCAGAGCAACAGCAUCAGCAAACUCAACCUGCACUACAGCUCCAUGUCCACGCAGACAACCAGUGCGUACGCGGCGCUGAACAUCAGCACUAACCUGUACGUGAUCAGCCAGCCGUGGCUCUUCUCUCUGGCCUGGUGCACCGGAGUCCAGUCGGUCACCACCAACGCUCCCCAGCUGCUCCGCACCAUGAGCGCCCCGCUCUUCCUCAUGAGUCCAGACGAGUACGAGCUGAUGUGGAUCCUCACUGACCUGCUGUCCUUCGUGCUGAUCGUCGUCGUCUUCAUCUUUCACUGGUGGAGGGAGCGCGGCCUGGCUUUCUGCUCCGGCAGCAAAAUCACGCAGGACGACAGCACUUACAGCAAAUUCAAGACAGAGAUGAGUGACAUCUGGUCGGUCUCCAGCAUCAACUCCCAAGCAGAGAAGACGUCCAACCUGGCAACCGUGACUGAGCACUGACAUCUGCCUGUGAGGAGCCAACCUGGCAACACUGAGCCCCGCCCCCCCACAUCCCCCUACCCCCAAAAUACUGCCAACCUGUAAGAUCUCAGCACAAAACAGUCAAGUGCACUUUGUUACUUUGUUUAAUGAAAUAAAGUGCCGAAACAUUUCA